AUGCAGCUGCUCGACCACGAGGGACGUAACGCGGCGGCUCAGCCCUCGUCUGCCGCCGCACACGCCGCCUGCCUCGCCGCCAUCGACGAGCGGCUGCGGCGCGCGGCGGGCGAUGGGAUGCCGCUCCGGGCGCGGACGGCGGUCCAGCUGCCGCCGCCGGCUCCUGCCGGGCCCGGACGCGCGUCGCUCGCCUUUCUUAUCAUGGCGCACCGGCGCUUUGCGCACGCGACGGUCGCCCGCCUCGUGCGCGCGCUCGACGCGCCUUCGCACCUCUUCCUCCUCCACAUCGACGCCCGCGCGCACAGUGCCGUCGCCGGUUGGGCCGCCUCGGAGCCGCGCGUGCACCUGCUCGAGCGGCGCCCGGUCGGAUGGGGUGCGGCGUCGCAGGUGGAGGUCCUGCUGGAGGCGGUCGCCAUCGCGCUCGCCGCCGCCCCCUCCCUCGACUUCGUCAUCAACCUCUCGGACGCCGACGUGGCGCUCCGCACCGGCCGAGAGCUCUCCUCCUUCCUCGCGCGGCACCGCGGCACCUCCUUCGUGGCGGCGAAGUUCCCCGCGAGGGACGGGAUGCGGUACGGCGCGCACGCGACGAUGCGCACGCCCGCCUGGCUCGAGUGCCGCGGGGAGGGCACGCCCGCGGCGCUCUUCGGCGAGGGCAGCUCGCGCUGCUGCUACGCUCGGUCGGGCCCGAUCCUCUACCCAGACCCGCGCGGGUCCAGCUGCUCCUGCGCCGCCGACUGCACUCAGCGCCGCUACCUCAAGGACUGCUGUGUCGACUGGCUGCACGCGUGCAAGGCAGACCGUUUAUAA